CUGUGUGUGAGAGAGAGAUAUAUUCAUAUAUAGAUCAUGGCUUCAUUCCAUUCAUCAAAUGCAAGAGAACUAUUGGUUCACAUGAAUGGUGGCAAGGGGGAGAGAAGUUAUGCAAAUAACAGCUCGCUGCAAAAAAACCUAAUGCUUAAAGCCAAACACAUACUUGAAGAAACUAUCACGACACUCGAUUGUCGUUUUUCUCCAAACUGCAUGAAAGUGGCAGAUUUAGGUUGCUCUGUGGGACCAAAUACACUUCUUUUAAUAUCAAAUGUUGUUAGCAUUGUUGAUACUGCAUGCACUCGCUUAAACCGUGAACUACCUAUGUUCCAGUUUUAUCUCAAUGAUUUAUUCGAAAAUGAUUUCAAUACCACCUUCAAGUCACUUCCAGAUUUUUACACAAAACUGCUACAAAACGAAGAAAACAGGUCUGCUUCAUGCUUUAUUAAUGCCACACCUGGAUCCUUCUACGGAAGGCUCUUUCCCAGUAAUUCCAUAAACCUUUUUCAUUCCUCCAACAGUCUACACUGGCUUUCUCAGGAUCCAUUAUUGGGGUGUAAGGAUGUAGCAUCCCUUAACAAGGGUCAUUGUCAUAUAGUAAGCACAAGCCCUACUGAGGUAUACAAAGCUUACCUUAAGCAGUAUCAACAAGACUUAAAAUUGUUUCUGAAAUCACGUUCUGAGGAACUUGUGCCUGGAGGAGCAAUGGUCUUGUUGUUCCUUGGUAAUCAGGAAAAUCCUAGAAUAACAGGUUGGGAACUAAUUAGUAUAAUACUCAAUGAGAUGUUCUUGGAGGGUAUGAUUGAAGAAGAAAAAUUGGAGUCCUUCAACAUACCAGUGUACGAACCAACUGUUGAAGAACUUAGAAACGUGAUUCUGGAAGAAGGGUCAUUCUUGAUUCAACGAUUGGAGAUUUUAAUCUUACCUUGGGAUGACGGCAUGAGUGAAGGGACUGAUGAUAUAAAAGCAGCACUAAUGGCCAAGCAUGUAAGAGCGAUUAUGGAGCCUCUAAUGUCUACAAAGUUUGGUGCAGAAGUUAUAACUGAAGUGUUCGUGAGGUAUCAGAAGAAAGCAGUGCAUCUAAUGGAGGUGGAGAAGGAGAAAUUGGAGUUUGCUACUAUUAUGAUAUCUAUGACAAAAAAUGCUUGAAGUGGUGUUUCAAUAGAAGAUUUUCUCUGUUAAUAAAGUUAUGUUAUCUUGGUUGUUUUGUUAAAAGUUAUCUGUUAUUGAUGUAUGAAAACAUUCUUAUAUUGUAACAACAGUGAUAAAUGAGAAAGGUGAAAAUGUUUUCGUUGAUCAUGAAACAAAA